AUGAAUAAUAAAAUAGUGCGGCUGAAUUUGAAAUCCUUACGAGUCCACGCAUCGGAGGCUGCAGCUUCGGAAGCCGAACAAAUAUCGAAACUGCGGGCAUCGCAAUCGCCAAUCGCGAUCUCGGUACACCGCUGCCCGAUAUGGUCAUCGUUGGAGCCCCUCCAGUUCCGUGACUACUGGGACAACGCAAAAAAAGGCACUUUACUGAACACGGGACAAACAGCGUACUUCACUUUUGACGGUUCAUCAAGACCACGACUGAGAGGCGGCCCAUUGAUCGGCGAGUACAUCUUCGAGCAGAUGCAUUUCCACUGGUCGGUGGACGAUUUCACCGGGUGCGAACACGUCCUCGACGGACACGGCUACGCAGCUGAAUGCCACUUGGUGCAUUACAACACCAAAUACCAAUCAUUGGAGGCGGCGGUGGCUCAUCCAGAUGGCUUAGCCGUCGUGGGUUUCCUGCUUGAGGUGGUCGACGCCCCCAAUCCCAGCUUCGAUGAGUUCGUCGAAGGCUUAGAAAAGAUAAAGAAACGCGACGAGCACGUGGAGGUAUCUUCAGAAUCGCUCGUAUGGAUGGACCGCGAAGAUCUAAGCAGCGGAAGUUAUGUAACGUACAAAGGAUCGCUAACUACACCUCCCUACACCGAAUGCGUUACAUGGAUUAUAUACGAGAAACCGGUCCAAAUUGGCAGUGAGCAGCUGGGGCUUCUGAGACAAUUGGAAGGCCCGGAUAGUAUCCCGAUCGAGAGGAACGUGCGGCCGACACAGAGGCAUCCGCCCGGGCACUCAGUAAUUUACGUUCAACAAGUGAAGGCCAAACUAUCUGAGUACAUGACACAACAAGAAGCUUUGCAACAUCCGGACGGUGUGGUAAUGGUUUGCUAUAUUAUUAAGUACGGCGUCAAUCCAGACGAACGUUUGGAAUGGGUCAUAGAGGGGUUCCAGAGGAUAAAGGAGGCGCAGACGUGCACACGCAUAGGCCCCUAUCCUAUGUCGCGCCUCUUGCCUAUGUUCUACGAGGACUACUUCCUGUACUGGGGAACGUUGCCGACCGUUAGGGGUGAAAGAUUCGUGAUACGAUAUUUGGUACCUCGAGCCACACUGUUCGCGUCGACAGAACAGAUGGCCCAAUUCCGGAAGCUGUGGAACCCUUGGGACGAACCCAACCUAGGUAAUUCCAGCCCUCUGCAAGAAAAACGGGAGAGAAAAGUGUUCCUCAUCAACCCGCAUUGGAACCAAUAUAACUCAUUGCUGCCGAUACCGAGGGUCCCAGAGGAUUCGAUAUCGGUCCUCUCACCCGCUUACCAAGCCAACCCCUGGAUGCUUCCCUCACAAAACAGGCCUGAGGAACCGCAAGAGACCGGAGAAAACGAAAAGGAGGAAUCUUUAAUGAAA